CCUAUUCAUAUUUCGAUCAAGUGUCGCAUAAAUACACAACAUUAACCUCGCUACUUGUGCAUCCCUCGCGCAAGAGACACUAUCGAAUUUAACUUAAUCGUCAUAAAUUAAUUAAUUACAUUGAUAAACACGCAUUAAAUGGCUGGUAAAGACGACAGUUCUUUUGUUACCAAACCGGGUUUUUGUCCUGAUUGCGGCUCGAUUCUACCCUUACUUGGCGAUAAAGGAGGAGUUACGUGUUAUGCAUGCAAAAAGGAAUGGAGUUCCGAAGUUUUUGGUGAUAUGAUAAUGACGCUUACACUUCAUUUUAACUCUAAACAUACUUAUAAAUCCGCAAAAGAUGCAGAUAGCAACAAAGAUGAUGCAGAGGGACCAGUCGUAGAGCGACGAUGUCCUCAAUGUCAAAACGAUAAAAUGUCAUAUGCUACUUUACAAUUGAGAUCUGCUGAUGAAGGACAAACAGUAUUUUACACAUGCACCAAGUGCAAAUACAAGGAAACGGAAAAUUCUUGAUGCAAUCUUGCACUGUAUAUACAAUUUCGUGCCAAAUAUUUUAUUGUAUAAUGGAUAUGUUCCUUUUUAUCAGAUUCCUCCAAUGACAUGUGCAUAGCUUAUCUGUUUCAAUAUGCAUUGAUUUAUUUAUUUUUGCAAAAAUAAUUAAAAACCACAAAUUCUUGUG